ACCAUCACUUGUUCUCUCUUCUCUCUCUCUCGUCGUGUGCCUGGGUCGACCAGCGACCUGGCUAGCUAGCUCUCCAGCUGCGCGCGCCAUGGCCAACCCAACAGAACCCAAAAUUUCACGAAGCCGAAUAAAUCGAACCGAAUUACCGUACUAGACAUACCGAAUGCGAGCUCUGCAUCCUGCCGCUCUGAUCCAUGGAGCAGCAGCCCCUCCAUGGGUGCCAGUGCCACACGCACACACCUCCACCGCCACACCUCCCCUGCCCCUCCCUCCGCCGCCGCCCACGGGCCUGCCGAACCCUCUCACUUCAUGGAGGUGCCACUAGAUUCAUCUGGACCUGCUACGUGCCCGCCUCGUCGACGUCACCACCGGCGCCAAGCCACAACCACGCGACGACGCUCUCCAUCGGAUCAGAGUCGGAGCUACCAAGCAUGCUUUCAAGCGUAUUUUGACGAGCCUGCUUAAGCCUGGCGGUGGUGAAUACGGCAAGUUCUUCAGCCUUCCGGCGCUAAAUGAUCCAAGGAUCGAUAAGCUUCCCUACUCUAUACGUGUUCUCCUGGAAUCAGCUAUCCGCCAUUGUGAUAACUUCCAAGUUACAGAGAGUGAUGUUGAGAAAAUCAUUGAUUGGGAGAACACAUCUCCAAAGCUGGCUGAGAUACCUUUCAAGCCAGCGAGAUGCAUUCUAAUGGACAACACUGGAGUCCCAGCAGUUGUAGACCUUGCAGCUAUGCGUGAUAUGAUGCCAAAGUUGGGAUGUGAUCCCUACAAGAUUAAUCCAUUGAUUCCCGUGGAUGCUGUUAUUGACCACGCAGUGCGAGUGGAUGUAGCAGGGACCUAUGAUGCAUUGGAUAGAAACGAGGAGCUGGAGUUCCAACGCAACAAAGAAAGGUUUGCUUUUCUUAAAUGGGCAUCCAAUGCUUUCCACAACAUGCAGGUUUUCCCUCCUGGUUCGGGCACUGUACACCAGGUAAAUCUUGAGUAUCUUGCCCGAGUUGUCUUCAACGAAGAUGGCAUUCUUUACUUCGACAGCGUGGUUGGCACAGACUCACACACCACUAUGAUUAAUAGUCUUGGAGUUGCUGGGUGGGGAGUAGGCGGUAUUGAAGCAGUCGUUGCAAUGCUUGGCCAGCCAAUGGGCAUGGUUUUGCCUGGUGUGGUUGGAUUCAAAUUGAGUGGGAAGUUACGGGAUGGUGUCACUACUACUGACAUUGUUCUUACCAUGACCCAAAUGCUAAGGAAGCACGGUGCUAUUGGCAAAUUCGUUGAAUUCUAUGGUGUUGGUGUGGGCGAGCUAUCUUUGCCUGCUAGGGCCACAAUUGCCAACAUGUCUCCAGAAUAUGGAGCUACCAUGGGCUUCUUCCCUGUAGACCAAGUAGCAUUGGACUAUCUCAAACUGACAGGCCGAAGCGAUGAAACUGUGUCGAUGAUUGAAGCAUACCUGCGAGCUAACAAAAUGUUUGUGGACAAGCAUGAGCCUGAGACGGAACGCGUUUUCUCUUCACAUCUGGAGCUGGACCUUAGUGAGGUGGAGCCUUGCGUUUCAGGCCCCAAAAGGCCUCAUGAUCGUGUCCCUUUGAAGGAAAUGAAGUCAGACUGGCAUGCUUGCCUGGACAACGAAGUUGGCUUCAAGGGCUAUGCGGUGCCAAAGGAACAGCAAGGCAAAGUUGUGAAAUUCGACUUCCAUGGAAGGCCAGCUGAAAUCAAGCAUGGCAGUGUUGUUCUUGCAGCAAUAUGUAGCUCCACAAACACAUCAAAUCCCAGCGUCAUGAUUGGUGCUGGCCUUGUGGCAAAGAAAGCCUGCGAAUUAGGCCUUGAGGUGAAGCCAUGGGUAAAGACAAGCCUUACCCCUGGAUCUGUGGUUGCUACCGAGUACUUGAAACAUAGUGGCCUUCAAGAUUAUCUGAACCAGCAAGGGUUCCAUGUCGCUGCGCAUGGUUGCGCCACUUGUGUGGGCAACUCCGGUGACCUGGAUGGAUCUGUAUCAGCUGCUAUCACAGAAAAUGAUAUGGUUGCUGCUGCGGUGCUGUCGGCCAACCGAAACUUCGAGGGGCGUGUGAACCCUCUCACUCGGGCUAACUACCUUGCCUCGCCGCCUCUGGUUGUUGCCUAUGCUCUUGCCGGCACUGUUGACAUUGACUUUGAGAAAGAGCCCAUUGGAGUUGGAAAGGGUGGUAAGGAAGUUUUCUUGAGGGACAUAUGGCCUUCAAACCAAGAGAUCGAUGAGGUUGUGGAGUCCAGCGUGCAGACUCACCUGUUCAAGAAAGUGUACGACUCAAUCAUGGAACGUAACCCUAGGUGGAACCAGCUGCCGGUUCCAAAGGAGGCACUGUACCCAUGGGAAGACAGGUCCACCUACAUCCGCAAGCCUACGUACCUGGAGGGCAUGUCCAUGACGCCGCCUGCAGCCCCGCCCACGGUGACGGAGGCCUACUGCCUGCUCAACCUUGGGGACAGCAUCACCACGGACCACAUCUCCUACUCGGGGAAGAUCCCCGAGGGCACACCUGCGGCCAAGUAUCUGCUCGAGUAUGGCGUGGAGCCCAAGAACUUCAGCUCCUAUGGUGGCCGCCGCGGGAACAACGAGGUGGUGAUGAGGGGAGCGUUUGCCAAUAUGAGGAUCGUGAAUAAGCUUCUUGAUGGCAAGGCUGGUCCCUGGACGAUCCAUGUUCCUACCGGGGAGAAGCUCUAUGUUUACGACGCGGCAAUGAAGUACAAGUCGGAAGGUCAUGACAUGGUCAUCAUUGCUGGCUCCGAGUACGGCAGUGGCAGCUCUCGUGACUCUGCUGCCAAGGGACCAAUGCUACUGGGUGUCAAGUCGGUGAUUGCAAAGAGCUUCGAGCGGAUCCACCGGAGCAACUUGGUGGGGAUGGGGAUCAUUCCUCUCUGCUUUAAAGCAGGAGAGGAUGCCGAUUCACUCGGCCUCACCGGACGUGAGCGCUACACCAUCCACCUCCCUACCAGCACCGCCGAGCUCAGUCCAGGCCAGGACGUGACCGUCACAACCCACGACGGCAGAUCCUUCACUUGCACUCUUCGCUUGGACACACAGGUAUAGUGCUGGGAAUUGGGCCGUGCCGGGCCGGCCCGGCCCAAGCCCAUCGUGCUUCGUGCCAAACGGGUUCGGGCCAAGAAAGCCCAAACAAUUUUUGGGCCGUGCCGUGCCAGCCCGAAGUGUAAAAACAGUGGCCCAGCCCGGCCCUAAACCACGCCGUGCCUUCGUUGGGCCGUGCCGGCCCAAACCCGGCCCGUAUAUUUGACCACAUAAAAUCAAAAUAUUAUUACCAUAUAAAGUUCAUAUCUUACUAAAUUAAAGAUAUUAAACAAUUAUAGCAUCAUUUAACCACAUAAACUCUAAAUAUAACAACAAUAUAAACUCAAUAUCUUACUAAAUUAAAGAGAUUAAACAGUUUGGGCUUAAUUGGGCCGUGCCGGCCCAAGCCCGGCCCAUCUAUGCGUGCCGUGCUGGGGGCCCGACGGGUCGGAAUUUGAGGCCCGGCCCAGGCCCGCCUUCGGGCCGUGCUAGCCCGGCCCAUAUUAUUUCGUGCCGGGCCGUGCUUUGGGCUCUUAUUUUCGGGCCGUGCUCGUGCUGGCCCGAAAAGCCCGGCCCAGAUUCGCAGCACUACACAGCUUGAGGUCACAUACUUCAACCAUGGAGGCAUCCUUCCCUACAUGGUCCGCAACCUGGCAGCACAGAUGAAAUAAGUUAAAAAGCAAGCUAGCUUAUUGGCGCGGUGGGAAUAAAUUAAAAAGGUACUCAGUGCCCCACGUAUUUGACGUAUGUCUGUAAAUAAGUGGCACAUUCGAGCGCUCUUCGCUCUGCCAUUGAGGUGGAUCGAAGCUGCCACAUAUUUUCUCCGCAGGACAUCGGCACGAAUUUUGUCUUAGCAAACCAGUUAAUUUUGUACUCUUUAGAUUCUUUAAUUGGUUCCAUGCUCUCUUUGGUACUUUUCAUGUCAGUUUGCUUUGCAAACAUUAUCAGCGUGCCCUUGUAGAUUUCGUAAUGGUUAUAUGUAUAUGCCCUAUUGAAAUUGUCAUUUUGCUUUGCAAAAAAAUAUCAGCGUGCCGUUGUAGAUUUUCAAAUGUAUAUGUCUGCCGUCAAACUCUCUCGUGAA